UAGAUAUUAGAAAUUAUAUAUAUAUAUAUAUAUCACAAUUUAAACUUUAUUAAAUGAAAAAACUUAAAAUUCUAAUAUCUUUGGAACGUCAUCUUCUUUUUAAAAAAGAAAAAAAAAAUAGAUAUCUUGAUAGUUUUAGUCAGACGGUCAAAGGAAAAAAAGAAAAAAAAAAAAAGAAAAAGGAAAAAAAUGGAGGCCACGCUGUCGCUGAGUUGAAAGGAUGAAGUCUAAGGGUCCACUGGAUCAAAGUGGUCCCUAUAUUGACACGAGAGAUAAAAUAAUUAGAAAAAGAAUAAAAUAAAAACAUAAUACAAAACAAUGUAGUACCCUAUUGGUCAAUCAUAAGGAAAGCACUUUCCUAGGUGACAGACAUACGCCGCGUAAAACCACUCGCUCGCAUGAAAUCUUGCCAAAAAUGCAUGCAAAAGGUUUUAUAGGCCAUAGCCAGCAGCAGCAGCAAACCAUCAAGUAGCCUCUAUCUUCCUUCUCUUGUUUAUUUGUUCUUCUUCAUAUUAUGUAAUCCAAGUCUAUGAUUCUCUCUCAGUCAAUUCUGUUUCUAUUUUUAUCCAAAUACAAAUUACUUUUUAUUCGUUGAUUAAAAUUAUAUCUCUUCCACCAGAUCUUCCGUUUAUUAUCCCGAUUUUUUCUCUUAUAACUCUCUUCCUAUCUUAAUCUGCUUUUAAACCCCUUCGUAUUUACACUACUAAAACCCCUUUGAAACUCUUUCUCUCCCCUUCUCGUUUUUCAUUUUCCUUUUUGUUCUCAUCUCUCUCUCUUUUCUUCUCCUAGUUUCUUCAGUUAUGGCUCGAGAAAACGGAAACUUUUCUUUUCCAUCACAGGCGCCGCCGCUCGAUUCAUAUAUUUAUAAUCCAAGAAACUCAUCUUUCCUCCACCUUAAUCAACGCCGUCUUUUGCCUCAAAUUUCCACUCCGGACAGCCCUUACCAUGACAGCGUUGAAACUUUAUUUUCCCGCCUUAGUAUAUCUCGACAGAAUUCCCAACAUACUUUUCACGGCGAUGGUGAGGCCUUUCUUGGCUCAGUUCUAGAUCGUUCCUAUGUGAGUAGUCAGGAUUUAGCUUUCCUUGAUCAAGAUAUGGGACAAAAUCUCUAUAACAACAAUGGUGUAAAUUCUUGUGCGUCCCUUGGGUUACAAGAUUAUGGCUCUACUACUACUAAUAUUUGGGAUAAUUUUAUAUCCGAUUCUGUUCUAUCAUCAAACGUUAAUGGACUCUUUAGAGCCGAUUCGAGAAGGGGAGGAUUCUCCAAUGGUUUGAUGUUAAAAACCACCCAAGAUUCUCUUAGUCCUGGCUUGCAUAGUAGGAGGCCUUAUUGGCUACAACAAGAGCCUUCUAAUAACAAUUAUUACUCAUCUUUGAGGAGUGGCGGUGGCGGUUCUAAUGUGGACGAUAUUAUCCCUUUGCCUUUGGAGAAUUUGAUGGGUAGGAUUGCGAGGUACGCUAAAGAUCAAUUUGGCUGUAAAUUAGUACGAAAGGCUCUUGAGAAUGUAACACAUGAGAAAAUCGAUAUGGUUCUCUUAGAAAUAAUUGAUUCUGUAGCUGAAUUGAUGCCACACCCAUUCGGGAAUUAUGUUGUACAAAAGCUUGUUGAGGUGUGUAGCGAGGAACAGAGGACUAGGAUUCUGUUAGCAGUUACUAAAAAUGAAGUACAACUGGUUAGCAUCUGUCUUAACAUGCACGGAACUCGUGCUGUACAAAAGCUGUUGGAAGGUAUUGCCUCUACGCAGCAAGUCUCUAUUACUGCUAGACAGCAAGUCUCCUUAAUUAUGUCAGCUCUAAGCUCUGGUGCUGUUGAAUUGGCUAAGGACAUGAACGGACAUCAUGUCAUCAAGUAUUGCUUGGAACAUUUUUUACCUGAAGACAAUAAGUAUCUUCUGAAAGUGGUGGCAGAUAACUGCUUUGAUAUUGCAACAGAUAAAAGUGGAUGUUGUGUACUUCAGCAAUGUGUUGAUCACUCAAUGGGAGAACCAAGAGAUCGUCUGGUGGCUAGCAUUACUAAUAUUGCUCUGCGUCUGGCACAAGAUAGAUAUGGCAACUAUGUGAUACAGCAUUUAUUGGGGUUGAGGAACCCCCUGAUAACAGCAAAUCUUCUCAGACAACUUGAAGGUUACUUUGCAGUUCUUUCCUGCGAUAAAUUUGGCAGUAAUGUUGUGGAGAAGUGCCUGCUCGAGUCAAGAGCCGAGCAAUGUACUCAAAUUAUAUCGGAGUUGCUUAGAAGUCCGUGUUCUUCAAUGCUACUAGUGGAUCCUUAUGGAAACUUUGUUAUACAGUCGGCCCUAAAAGUAUCUAAGGGACUAGUCCAAGGAGCUAUGCUAGAACUGAUUCGGCAAAAUAUUCCAGCAAUGCGCAGCAGCAUUUAUGGAAGGAAGCUCCUCGCUUGGCUCCACAAAGAGAGGCUGCUACCUAUGUAGACUGUAUAUUCUUGAGGCAGUACAUUCAAUCCUCGAACUGUAAUUGCUGGGCAUAUAUAGUUUUGUUGUUUGCACUUGAAAAGGUUGUUGUUGUGACUUGUGGCUGCAUGCUUUGGCAUGGAGGCGUUCGGUGUAUUUGUAGCCUUGUCGCUUAGUAUGGAAAAGUGUGUACCAUUGAAACCAAGGGGAGCAGUGGGGGGGUAGGAACUAACUUUUGAGUUUUUGUGUACUAUUUUAUUUUUUGUCGGGAUUAUACAAAAUGGUUUGGAACUGUAUAUUGUGAUAUUAACCCAUUGUUCAUUGUGACACGUUGUUCACUUAACAAUGAUUAUUUCAUUUGCCAAAGGUCUUAUUUUUUA